GUCCCGUCCGCGUUUGGAUCCGCGCCGCCUUUUCUCGCCGACUGCUUGGGGCCCAGCUGACGCGCUGCGUUGUUUACGGGCGAGCAGCUCUUGCUCCCGCCCGCCAGCCCGCUACCCGCCAGCCCAGGUGCCCGUCCCUCCGUCCUUCUGUCUUCUGUCCGCGUGUGCGUUUGUCCAGGCGUCCGCAGAUCGUUCGGGCCGAGGGCUGAGAGGUCCAGAGCGCAGCACGGGUAUCCGGGCCCUGAGAUCGCAGGACGGGGCCCGGGCCUCAGUGGCCCCGGGCUGCGGCCGCGCCGCCUGAUUUGUAGUGGUCGAGGCCGCGCGCCCCUCCUGGGACUGAAUCGAGGGCCCUCCCCGGUGGGAUCUGGGCCCGUGGGCUGCCGGCGUGGAAGAGGAGAACUCACGGUGCCUCCCAGGCGGCCACCUCGGAGCAUGACCCUGGCGGUCCGGCGCUGCACGCUCUGAUCCGCCAGAACCCCGCGCUCCCGCAGCCAUGGGCGCCGGGGGCGGACGGGGGGCGGUGGCUGCGCCGCUUCUGGUGGCGGUGGUUGCGCUGCUGGUGGGCGCCGCGGGCCACCUGUAUCCUGGAGAGGUGUGUCCCGGCAUGGACAUCCGGAACAACCUCACGAGGCUGCAUGAGCUGGCCAACUGUUCGGUCAUUGAAGGACACUUGCAGAUACUGUUGAUGUUCAAAACGAGGCCCGAGGAUUUCCGAGACCUUAGUUUUCCCAAACUCAUCAUGAUCACUGAUUACUUGCUGCUCUUCCGGGUCUAUGGGCUGGAGAGCCUGAAGGACCUGUUCCCCAACCUCACGGUCAUCCGGGGCUCCCGUCUCUUCUUCAACUAUGCUCUGGUCAUCUUUGAAAUGGUUCACCUGAAGGAACUUGGCCUCUACAGCCUGAUGAACAUCACCCGGGGGGCUGUCCGCAUCGAGAAGAACAAUGAGCUCUGCUACCUGGCUACAAUUGACUGGUCACGCAUCCUGGAUUCAGUGGAGGAUAAUUACAUUGUGCUGAACAAAGACGACAACGAGGAAUGUGGGGACAUCUGUCCAGGCACUGCGAAGGGCAAGACCAACUGCCCUGCCACGGUCAUUAAUGGGCAGUUUGUCGAGCGGUGUUGGACUCACAGCCAUUGCCAGAAAGUCUGCCCGACCAUCUGCAAGUCGCAUGGCUGCACUGCCGAGGGCCUCUGCUGCCACAGUGAGUGCCUGGGCAACUGCUCGGAGCCCGAAGACCCCACCAAGUGCGUGGCCUGCCGCAACUUCUACCUGGAUGGGAGGUGUGUGGAGACCUGCCCGCCCCCAUACUAUCACUUCCAAGACUGGCGCUGCGUGAACUUCAGCUUCUGCCAGGACCUUCACAACACAUGCAAGAACUCGCGGAGGCCAGGCUGCCACCAGUAUGUCAUUCACAAUAACAAGUGCAUCCCUGAAUGUCCCUCUGGCUACACAAUGAAUUCCAGCAACUUGAUGUGCACUCCAUGCCUGGGCCCCUGUCCUAAGGUCUGUCACCUCCUGGAAGGCGAGAAGACCAUUGACUCGGUGACGUCUGCUCAGGAGCUCCGAGGCUGUACCGUCAUCAAUGGGAGCCUCAUCAUCAACAUUCGAGGGGGCAACAACCUGGCGGCUGAACUAGAGGCCAAUCUUGGCCUCAUUGAAGAAAUUUCAGGGUAUCUGAAAAUCCGCCGCUCCUAUGCUCUUGUGUCACUUUCCUUCUUCCGGAAGUUACGCCUGAUUCGGGGGGAUACCUUGGAAAUCGGGAACUACUCUUUCUAUGCCUUGGACAACCAGAACCUAAGGCAGCUAUGGGACUGGAGCAAGCACAACCUUACCAUCACUCAGGGGAAGCUCUUCUUCCACUAUAAUCCCAAACUCUGCUUGUCAGAAAUUCAUAAGAUGGAAGAAGUUUCAGGAACCAAGGGGCGCCAGGAGAGGAACGACAUCGCUCUGAAGACCAAUGGGGACCAGGCGUCCUGUGAGAAUGAAUUACUUAAAUUUUCUUACAUUCGGACAUCCUUUGACAAGAUCAUGCUGAAGUGGGAACCGUACUGGCCCCCUGACUUCCGAGACCUCCUGGGGUUCAUGCUCUUCUACAAAGAGGCCCCAUAUCAGAAUGUGACGGAGUUUGAUGGGCAGGAUGCAUGUGGAUCCAACAGCUGGACAGUAGUAGACGUUGACCCACCUCUGAGGUCCAAUGACCCUAAGUCCCAGAGCCACCCCGGGUGGCUCAUGCGGGGACUCAAGCCCUGGACUCAGUAUGCCAUCUUUGUGAAGACCCUGGUCACCUUUUCCGAUGAACGUCGCACAUAUGGGGCCAAGAGUGACAUCAUCUAUGUCCAGACAGAUGCCACCAAUCCUUCUGUGCCCCUGGAUCCCAUCUCGGUUUCUAACUCCUCAUCUCAGAUUAUCCUGAAAUGGAAGCCUCCCUCUGACCCCAACGGCAACAUCACGCAUUACCUGGUUUUCUGGGAGAGGCAGGCGGAGGACAGUGAGCUGUAUGAGUUGGAUUAUUGCCUCAAAGGGUUGAAGCUGCCAUCCCGGACCUGGUCCCCUCCGUUUGAGUCAGAGGGUUCCCAGAAGCACAACCAGAGUGACGACGAGGAGGCUGCCGGGGAGUGCUGCUCCUGCCCGAAGACCGAUGCUCAGAUUCUGAAGGAGCUGGAGGAGUCCUCGUUCAGGAAGACGUUUGAGGAUUACCUGCACAAUGUGGUUUUCGUCCCCAGGCCAUCAAGGAAACGCAGGGCUCUUGGUGACGAGGGGAAUGUGACCACGGCCAUGCCCACAGUUCCUGGUUUCCCCAAUACUUCGUCUACCAGCGUGCCCACGAGCUUGGAGGAGAACCGGCCCUUUGAAAAAGUGGUAAACAAAGAGUCACUGGUCAUCUCUGGCCUGCGUCACUUCACCGGCUAUCGCAUCGAGCUGCAGGCUUGCAACCAAGAUGCCCCCGAGGAAAGGUGCAGCGUGGCAGCCUACGUCAGCGCCAGGACCAUGCCCGAAGCCAAGGCAGAUGACAUUGUUGGCCCUGUGACCCAUGAAAUAUUUGAGAACAAUGUCGUCCAUUUGAUGUGGCAGGAGCCCAAGGAGCCUAAUGGUCUGAUUGUGCUGUAUGAAGUGAGUUACCGGCGAUACGGCGAUGAGGAGCUGCACCUCUGCGUCUCCCGCAGGCAUUUUGCUCUGGAGCGGGGCUGCCGGCUGCGUGGGCUGCUGCCCGGGAACUACAGCGUGCGAGUACGGGCCACCUCCCUGGCGGGCAAUGGCUCCUGGACGGAAACCACCUACUUCUACGUGACAGACUAUUUAGACGUCCCAUCAAAUAUUGCAAAAAUUAUCAUCGGCCCCCUCAUCUUUGUCUUCCUCUUCAGCGUUGUGAUUGGAAGUAUUUAUCUAUUCCUGAGGAAGAGGCAGCCAGAUGGGCCCCUGGGACCGCUGUAUGCUUCUUCAAACCCUGAGUACCUCAGUGCCAGUGAUGUGUUCCCAUGUUCUGUGUAUGUGCCGGACGAGUGGGAGGUGCCUCGGGAGAAGAUCACCCUCCUGCGGGAGCUGGGGCAGGGCUCCUUUGGCAUGGUGUAUGAGGGCAACGCCAGGGACAUCGUCAAGGGCGAGGCAGAGACCCGAGUGGCGGUGAAGACGGUCAACGAGUCGGCCAGUCUGCGGGAGCGGAUCGAGUUUCUCAACGAGGCCUCAGUCAUGAAAGGCUUCACCUGCCAUCACGUGGUCCGCCUCUUGGGGGUGGUGUCCAAGGGCCAGCCGACGCUGGUGGUGAUGGAGCUGAUGGCUCAUGGAGACCUGAAGAGCUACCUCCGUUCCCUGCGGCCUGAGGCUGAGAAUAACCCUGGCCGCCCUCCCCCCACCCUGCACGAGAUGGUUCAGAUGGCAGCUGAGAUUGCGGAUGGGAUGGCCUACCUGAACGCUAAGAAGUUCGUGCACCGGGACCUUGCAGCUCGAAACUGCAUGGUUGCCCAUGAUUUUACUGUCAAAAUUGGAGACUUUGGAAUGACCAGAGACAUCUAUGAAACGGAUUAUUACCGGAAAGGCGGCAAAGGUCUGCUCCCUGUGCGGUGGAUGGCACCGGAAUCCCUGAAGGACGGGGUCUUUACCACUUCCUCUGACAUGUGGUCCUUCGGCGUGGUCCUUUGGGAAAUCACCAGCUUGGCAGAACAGCCAUACCAAGGCCUCUCCAAUGAGCAGGUGUUGAAAUUUGUCAUGGAUGGAGGGCAUCUGGAUCAACCUGACAAUUGUCCAGAUAGACUCACUGAAUUGAUGCGCAUGUGCUGGCAGUUCAAUCCCAAGAUGAGGCCGACCUUCCUCGAGAUCGUCGACCUGCUUAAGGACGACCUGCACCCCAGCUUUCCAGAAGUUUCCUUCUUUCACAGCGAGGAGAACAAGGCACCCGAGAAUGAGGAGUUGGAGAUGGAGUGUGAGGACAUGGAGAGUGUGCCCCUGGACCGGCCCUCACACUCUCUGAGGGAGGAGGCGGUGGGGUCCUCACUGGGCCUAAAGAGGAGUUAUGAGGAGCACGUCCCCUACACUCACAUGAACGGGGCCAAGAAAAAUGGACGGGCCCUGACUCUGCCGCGGUCCAGUCCUUCCUAACAGCACCUGCUUUGUGGGAGGGGCUCCCGACUUCACUCUCCUGGUUGGAAGGUAUUCAGAAAACUCAGGAUUUUCCCAAGACCCUGCCGGUGUCCAGUGGAGCUGAGAGAUCAUCCCUCUCCAUGUCUGUUCAUCGUACAACCUAAAACACAUCUGCCUGAUAGUUAGUCUGACCGGCGGUCGGAGAAUGUGACUGAACAUAGAGGGAAGGGGUUUCCACGGCUGCUGUCCUUGCCAACAACUGCAGGCUCAAGCCAGGAUGUUACUUCUAGUUGUUGGAAAGAAAGCACCUGUUUUUUACAAAGGAUUUUUUUGUGGGGAUGGGGGGCUGGUGUCUGAGCUACAGUAUAAACCAUAAAACUUGUUUAUGGAACAAAAGUUUGAAAGAAAGAGAAAUAUGCUGUUUCAGUAGAGUUUCAAGCUUUAUGGAGUGAACUUUAGGAAGGUUUUUCUCAUCCAAGCUGAAGAAUUUUUUUUUUCCUUCACAAAAGUAGUUCUUCAAAUGACCAAUAGCUGCUGCUUUUGUGCUUUUGAUAAUCUGCGGUUCCAGUGUCUGUGUGUGUGUGUGCAUGUGUGUUCAGGGCAGACAGGGCUGGUGUGUGUGUGUGUGUGUGUGUGUGUGUGUGUGUGUGUGUCUGUGCGCAAAGCACUCAUGCCGAGGUGAAGCUCUGGGGAUCGGCUCAUGAAGGUUCUCCUUUUCCAAGCGUGUGAGCAUCCCAGUCCCCCUCCUUCCUUCUCAUUCACCAGAGACUGCGCCCUUGACACAGUCUCCUGUGUCCCUAGUCUAGCCUCCUAAGGGAGUCUUCUCUCCCUUAACUUUGGUGAAAAAUAUUUUUCCGGGAGCUGAGGGAGUGGUUUGGAGUGAUAAUGGAUCUUUUAAAGACCAAACAAAGCCAGAACAUACAAGAAAGGAAACGAAACAAAACUGAGAUGGUAGAGUUUUGAGAAUAUAUUUGUAACAUAUUUAAUUUUUAAAAAUCUCCAAUUGGUCCCAUAAGUUAUUGACCGUUUCCUGGUUUGGGGACAGGGCUGAUGGGUUGGUCUGCCUGUGUGGGAUGGGGAGCGAGGCACAAGGGGCCUCUUUGCUUGGUCUUCAAGGCAUCUAUUUUUCUGGGAAUAAAGCCACGUUUGCUGCUAACCCUUUUGGAAGUCACGAGGCCAUGCUGAGGGCAUGGACAGUCAGGUUUGAUGGAUGGUUAGGUUUCUGCUUGGUAAGCUAGCAGCCACCUGGAGAUGAGCCCUAUCUUCAAAUACACUUGUGGCUCUUGGAUCUCCUGCUUCCCUGUGUGCACCUCACGCUCUUCCUCAACUGAGGGUGCACAUCCUCCAGUUGUCCUGCAGGCACGACAGAAUCAGAUUCCAUGUAUGCCGGCACAAAUGGACGUAGAGGACACUUAAGCAAUAUGAAGCAAGAAGCACCUGUCUGUCCGUCCCCUCCAUCCUCAGGGCAUCCGACUGUCCUCAGAACUGGUUUCCCAGAAGCUGCUCUGUGCCAAGACCUCAGCUGGGCCAGGUGUGGGGCCUGAGCGGAACUCUCAGGUGCUUAUAGUGUUGCAGCCCCAAGACAGUAGAGCCCAGGGGAGAAAGCACUAAGGACCUUCACACUCCCCAGAACCUCCGAACCAGCGUGAACCCACAGUUUCUUUCCUUUGGGGAAAAGAACCACGGCUGCUCAAAUAAAGAACACAGUGAACUUGCUACUUUGGUUCGUGAGAAUCAUCACCCUGAUUACCCCUGAGUGCAUUUCCUCACAGGUUUUUGAUGGCUUCCUUCUCUUCUCUUGAGUUGUGGGCUUAAGAACAGAUAGAGACUCAAUGCGACCUCUGAACUUUUCCUGAUUAAGAACACAGGUAGACAAGAAACCCAUUGCUCUAUUUAUAAGAUUUGAGAAACUAGAGCAUGUAAAAUAUUUCUGGGGAGCCUCUGUAGUUGGGUACAAGGAGCAAGAAUACAGAAAUUAUUUUCACCAAGUUCAUUCUAUACAUAGGAGAGGGUCUGUACACAAAUUUAAAAAAAAUACCACGUAGAUCUAGAUAUUUAGUUCUUUUUAUAGUGAAUUUGUAGUGGCUCUAGACUACACUUGCAGCAAUUUUCACGUUUUUCUAAUUCAGAAAAUUUUUCUUACAUCAGGGGAAAAUAAUUUAUUUUAAUAUAAAAUCACUGUAAAAAUCAUUUUUCUAAAAAAUGGAGUGCACAUAAAUUUUUAUCAAAAAAAAAAAAUAAACAGGUGAAUGUGGGACAGUGAUUCUUUUCCAGCAUAGUCUACCUCAGUACUGUUAGGAUGAGGUUCAAUGAUGGAUGUUUUUGAGACUUCAGAAUUCUGCCAGGAUCUGAUCUGAAUCAGGAAAACUCCGUAUCAGCUGAUUCUGAAUGCCAGGGACCAGUCAGAAUUUUGAGGGAGGGGUUCGGGAUAAAGUGCGGCCUUCUGUGAGCAGUAGAUCCUUUUUUCUAGCAAGUAAUUGUCUUCUCUGAUUCUAAUCGUUUUUUAAUUUUUUAAUUAUUUUUUUACCUCUCUCCAUUGAUACCAUGCUUCCCAAACAGGAACCGAGUUUUAGGUCAUUGAUGUGUGUUUGAUACGUGGGGUGCCCGAGCCUGAGCUGCUCCUCUUGGAGGGAGUGGUCGCUCAGUCUCCCGCCGGGGGAAACGCAGGCUUUGCUGUGGAGCUGGCACCCCCUGUCCCACCGCAUCCCUUUGGAGUGAGCGCCAAAGGUGCCCUCGUUGCUCCGUGACUUAUCCCCACUACUUUCGGACUGAGAUGCUAUAUUAGGUGGAUCAAAUGACACACAGGGGCACCUCAUGCAGACAUCCAAUGCAGUAUCUCCUAGAAGGCAUGUCGAGAAAUACCAACCCCACCAAACCCACCACACAUUUUUUAGCAACAAAACCUGGCACCUCCAUGUGGUGGUUUGGUGAUCUCCAGCCAGUACCGUCCUGCCUGGUGGGGCUGUGUGAGCCCUGGGGGAGUCUGGACCGGGCCAGUGGGACUAUUGUCGUUCUCAUCAAACCUUACCGCCCUUGUCAUACCUGCAGGCACUACCCCUGCUGACUCACCUGUCUCUGCUUGCCCUGGAGAGGUGGGGUACAGUGCUGGGUCCCCAUGUGGACAGGGUUUCACAGACUUUUAUAGGUGUCUCUGCUGUUGUAGUGAGAAGAGUGAGCAGCUGUUGCAUUACAAACCUCCUUUUGCACCAGGUGAUGUUGAUUGUAACAACAGAACUUGGGCCCCAGGAAGUCAUGGUUGUCCUGGGGGUUUGUAGCGAUGGUAAAAAGCAACAAAGCCAGCCUAGGUUGACAUUUUUUGUUGUUUGAUUUUAAAGAUCUCCCUAUUAUGAAAACCCUUUCCAGUCAUGUAGUGAAAUCCAUGUAGUUUCUUCUGGGAAGAGAAUACCAAACAUACUGCUACUCCCUGGACCAGUGAUGUCAAAUGCACGUCUGGGAAGGUUCCUAUUGGGGGAGCUGUCCAGGGUGCUGUCCUGUUGUUUCAAUCCAGUAGGGAGGGAGAAAUGCUGCCGGCUCUCUUGGAGAGAUGUUGAGCACAACUGAGAGAAAACAGGGGAACUGGUGCAGGGCUCUGCACACGCAGCCCGUGACCAUGGAGACUGCUGCCUCAGUGGACAGGCUGCCAUGAAAUGUGCUUGUCGGGUUGGAAGGUGUUUAUUUGCAACCAUAGUAACAUUGGCCGGUGGACAGGGGCACUGCCAGGGCACGGUCCCUGCCAGCCCUCUGGGUAAGUGGAUGUGCUGUAGUCCCAAUGGCAAUCAUUUUCUACUUUGGUGGAAGUUUGGUAUUAAAAAAACUUGUGGAUGCCACUUGGUGAGUCCUUGACACCUCAGGCUAUUCAGAAAUUAUGGUCUUUGUUGGGGGUGGGGAAAUGCUGAUUGUACAUAAAUGGGGCAUGUAGAAUGGUGUCCUUUCAGAAAACCUUCCGGAAUGUUCUUUAGGAUGUUGAUUUACACCAGAGAUGAGGCUGGGAAUGGAAAGAACAGAUUGGCAUGUGUUCUUUUCAAACACGCAAAAUAAGUUUCAGGGUCUGCAACUGAACGUGAACGUUUCCUUAGGGUCCUCCCCAGAAACAGAGGGGAACAACGACUUUUUCCCCUCACUGUCACCUGAUUCCAGUUAAGGUCCAGAACCAAUGUGCAGGCAGAUUUUUAUUUGGGCAUGGGCCUUAAAAAUCCUUGUUAAAAACCAGAUCAUGAACCUGAGACUCUUGGUUCCAUUUGAGAAGGAAGGAGUAGCUCCCCAAGUGAAUGUGUUCAUGCACUCAUCGAGAGACGGCGCAGUUUUCCCACUUUGUGUGUCUGGGUGUGGGGUGGCCUCAGCCCCGUGUGUCAGCGGGAGACACCUGUCCAUGCUCAGCCUCAUAGGAUCAAAUGUGCCUUGGCUUAUGCAGAGAACAACUUGGAAACACAAAACACACCAAUAGCUCGAUUAUUAUUUCCAGUGUUCUCUUACAAGAGCCAAGUAAUGCCAUGUAUAGAACAUACCUUUUUUGGGGGGGGGGAGUUGAAAUCGCUCUGCAUGUAAAACAUGGGGUAAUUACCUGUUUAUAUGAAAAUUCUGAAUAAAUUAUGU